AUGGCUUCAUUACAAGUAGUUAUACGACAAUUUUUGUCGACAUCAAGACGAGCGGUUAUUUCAACAAUAAGGCCGUAUUCCCAAGCAGUGGCAGAAAAUGAUGACGCCCCAGUCGAAAUGGAGAAUCCAUAUAAAAAGGAACGCAAGCAAUGUAUUCUUUGCAAGCUGAAUAUAAAACCUGAUUACAAGAACUACAGAUUACUAUCGCAGUUCCAGAGCCCUUAUACUGGAAGAAUAUACGGAAGGCAUAUAACUGGGUUGUGUAAAGCGAAGCAAGCUUUAGUUGAAUCUGAGAUUACGAAGGCUCAAAACAGCGGCUACAUGCCUUACUAUUACAAAGACAAGGCAUUCCUGAAAGACCCAAAGCUCUUUGAUCCGGAAAACCCGAUUCGUUUUCAUAGAUUUUAA